GAGAUGAAGGAUGGGAGGGUGUAAGAAGGCAAUAUCACUUGCAAUACCUUUUCCUCUGUGUGGACGUAUCGCCCGGUUUAUCCGUCGGGGAAAAACCAGAGGAAGAAUCGGACAGUGUAUGAGGUCAAAGGUGACGGCGUGGGCAAUGGAGAGCUUCAAUGAGCUUCUUGUUAAACUCAGGGAGGUCCAUGAGCGAGAGCUUGAGGGGUGGCAGAUGAAGGUCCAAGAGUUGUCUAACAAGAAGGGCUGUGAUACAAAGCGAAUGGAGGAGCUGUUCACAAGGAACCAACAGAUGAAAGAACAGCAGAGAUUACUCACUGAGAACAUCAAGACUCUGGAGAACAGGUUGAGGGCGGGUCUAUGCGACAGAUGCACCGUGACUCAGGAAGUGGCCAAGAGGAGGCAGCAGGAGUUUGAAGUCUCGCAAAUGCAGACCCUCCAGCACGUCACAAUCUUGGGUGGAGAGAAUAAUAACCUUAAAAAGGAAAACAGAAGACUGAGAGACGAGAUUGGCAGUUUAAGAGAAGCACUUCACAACACACCCUUGGAGGCCAAAACCAACAUCUCCCCUGACCUUUCGCCCUCUUCCGGAUCAGUGUCACACAUCGCCACGACAACAGUCAGCAGUCACCCUGAUCAGCCAACAGAUGGCAAUGUUGCAAGAAAAACAGAUCAUAGAACUGACGAGCAUCAGUCAGAGUUCAGACAACUACGGGUUAUGAACUCGAGUCACAUUCCUAUUUCACUUUCGACUUACUCGUUGCCAACCUGGAAGACGGAACACAACGCAACGUGUGCAAGAGACAGGAGAUCUCAUAUUGUGGAAACCUUAGACGAACCUCCGAUUCCACCUCAAACUCUUCUACAAAAGACCUCCUCCCCACCAAUAAAUGCCGACAUGAGUCCCCGCAGGCAUCCCCUCAAGGCCCCCGUCCCUUGCCGCCCUCAGCCAAUCAAAAGCAGUCCCGUCCCAGUCCCUUGGGUUCUUCCUGAAUCCUCCGCAUGGACUUCCAUGGUGGCGGCAGCAUCAGUGGGAGGUACCAACAUGAUGAUGCACCCUUAUCCCAAAUCCAGUCUUCCUCGUUUUCCCAACUUAGUCCCAACCAGCCCACAUACCAGUCUUCCGGUCCCUCGGGAGCACAUGUAUAGGUCUCAGUGGCACAAGCAGAUUGGCUUUCAAUCCCCGGCGAAAGAACCCACCGUGGUUUUCCGCUUGAAGAAUCUUCUGGAGCACAUGGGACACAGCACGCCGGCAAAGUCCCAGGAGAAGAAAGACAAUCAGUCGAUUAGUGCUGAAAGGGUUUCUUCAGAAGGUCGUAGGGAUCUCUGCGAUGGUCCUUUAGAUCUAUCUGACAGAGGGAAGUCUAAAUCUGGGAAAACACCUCCGGAAUCGCAGGAUGGAGAUAGUCUGGACAAGGAUGCGAUUCCAAGCCCUACUAGUUCUUUACCUACACAAGAGAAAGUCGCAAACCACAAGCAGGUGAUAAAAGACCAGGACCAGAAUGAAGAAGCCAACGGAAAGACGGAGCAAAUCCAUGGGAAGAAGGUCCCCGCCCUGACUAUAUCAUUACGUCCAGUCGUAGUGCUGGAGACUUUGAACUCUGCUCUUCAAACUCAAGACUCCUUAUCAACAAACGGGAAGUCAUCACCGAACGGAGCAGAACCAGAGAGCUCUGAGGAGCAAGUGAAUGAGACAGUGGAAGAAGAAGAGGAGGAGGAGGAAGAGGAGAAGGUGGUGAGUCCAUCAGGACAAGAGAACCAACGCUACAAGAAGAAGAGAUCAUUCAGGGAGUCGGACUCGGACACGGAUAACAUGACACCAGAGAAGAAGGUCAAGAUGACGGGGAGAAAUCAGGACAAGAGCUCUAGCUAGCUAACAAACAAUUAUAAUAGUUUUUAUGCAUUUAUUGGUCAGCUAUGUAAAUGCUUUUUGUUUUCCUGCUGCAAUAUACGUAGGGUCAUUUUGGAUUUUAUGCGAUUCAGUGAAAACCUAUCAUGCACCAUCUUGACUAUUGGCUGAUAUGAGAAACCGAACAGGUACGAUAUCAAAAUGUGUUAUUUUAUCAAAAUGUAUAACACCAAUAACAAAAGUAGUAUUCUAUAAAAAUGUUGUUUUUAAUUUAGAGCCGUCAAAGCAAGAAGCAUAUCAUGCUCUGUCGUGACUAUUCCCUUAACAACACAUUGGCCGGGAUAGUCACUAUACCCAAAUUUGCUGGUACUGUAUAUUCUAAAUACAGUACAAAAAGCACAGCUUAUUAUUUUUCAUGUAAAAGCAUCAUAGCAAGCGGCCUAUCAUGCACUAUCCUGACUAUUCGCUGAUAUGAGAAACCGAACAGGAACGAUAUCCAAAUGUGUCAUUUUAUCAAAAUGUAUAACACCAAUAACAAAAGUAUAUUCUAUAAAAAUGUUGUUUUUCAUUUAGAGCCGUCAUAGCAAGCAGCAUAUCAUGCUCUGUCGUGACUAUUCCCUUAUCAUCAACACACUGGCCAACACACUAUAUCCAAAUUUGCUGGUACUGUAUUUUCUUAGUAAACGACAACAAAAAGCACAGCUUAUUAUUUUUCAUGUAAAAGCAUCAUAGCAAGCGGCCUAUCAUGCACUAUCUUGACUAUUCGCUGAUAUGAGAAACCGAACAGGAACAAUAUCCAAAUGUGUUAUUUUAUCAAAAUGUAUAACAACAAUAAUAAAAGUAGUAAUGGAGACAAAUCUUGAUUUGGAUAGUGUGGCGUGGUUUGCCUAUCAUGGACUGUCUUGACUAUUAAAAAACUAUAAACUCAAAGUAUAAAGCAAAUAGUGGAAGAAGAAAAUUAUGAAAAUUGCAAACAAAUUGUAUUCUAUGAAAAUGUCGUUUUUCAUUCGGAGCCGUCAAAGCAAGCAGCAUAUCAUACUCUGUCGUGACUAUUCCCUUAUCACCAACACACUGGCCGGGAUAGUCACUAUACCCAAAUUUGCUGGUACUGCAUUUUCUUAGUAAACGACAACAAAAAGCACAGCUUAGUAUUUUUCAUAUGGAUGCAUCGUAACAUAGCGGCCUAUCAUGCACCAUCUUGACUAUUCGCUGAUAUGAGAAACCGAACAGGAACAAUAUCCAAAUGUGUUAUUUUAUCAAAAUGUAUAACAACAAUAAUAAAAGUAGUAAUGGAGUGGCCUGGUUUGCCUAUCAUGGAUUGUCUUGACUAUUAAAAAACUAUAAACUCAAAGUAUAAAGCAAAUAGUGGAAGGAGAAAAUUAUGAAAAUUGCAAACAAAUUGUAUUCUAUGAAAAUGUCGUUUUUCAUUUGGAGCCAUCAAAGCAAGCAGCAUACCAUGCUCUGUCGUGACUAUUCCCUUAUCAACACACUGAUAUGAUAAACUGGCCAGGAUAGUCACUAUACCCAAAUUUGCUGGUACCGUAUUUUCUUAGUAAACGACAACAAAAUGCACCACUUAUAUAAGAAAAUUUAGUAUUUUUAUGUGAUAGCGUCAUAGAAAGCGGCCUAUCAUGCACCAUCUUGACUAUUCGCUGAUAUGAGAAACCGAACAUGAGCGAUAUCCAAAUGUGUUAUUUUAUCAAAAUGUAUACCACUAAUAAUAAAAGUAGUAAUGGAGACAAAUCUCUACUAUUUUUCAUGUGGUAGCAUCAUAGCAAGCAGCCUAUCAUGCACUGUCUUGACUAUUCUAUCACCAUCUGGUAUGAUAAACCAGCCAGGACAGUCAAUAUUUAAGAAGAGUAAUAUCUGAAUUUAUUAAGUGUCAAAAUAUAAGGCAAAUUAUGAAAGAAAACGAGGUAAA